AUGGCCGACUGGUUCUUUCGGGGCAUCAGCGAUGAAAGUGAUGACGUCAAGCUGCCUAGGAAGGAGCGGCAAUCGAUUCAAGUCCUCCACGUUGACAGGCUCAACGAACUGGAAACGAUCGACUCACGCCCACUGCCGCCGUGGCGAACGGACGCCUUCACGGAGAUCGAGCUUGAACGCGACCGAGAAAAAUCAGCGAGAGAAAGGGCGGAUUGUGUAAGGGAUACGUCAGAAAUUGUCGUCUACUCGGACGCCUCCGGGCGCAAGGAUCAUCUAGGGGCUGCCAUCGUCGCACUCAACGGCCAUGAAGAGGUGAUAGAAUCUCAAAAGGUCCAGGUGGGGCCGAUGGAAUCCACCGAGGUUCAAGCAAAGAAUAUCACACUUCGCCUCCAGUGGAUCCCAGGACAUUAUGAGAAUGUCGGGAAUGAUGCUGCGGAUCGUCGCGCGAAGGAAGCCGCGCAGCCGGGCAAAACUCAUUCCUUCCGACCGCUUCUAUCGAGGGAGAACGCAUUCGUCCGCAGCAGAAUAUACGACCAAUGGGGACAAGAGUGGAAGACAAGUACCAAAGGCGCCCACCUGCGGAAAAUUGACGGCGAUCUACCGGCGCGGUACACGAGAAAGCUCUACGGGAAUUUACCCAGGAACCGCGCGUAUCUGCUGGCACAGCUACGCACGGGCCACACCUGGCUAUCUAGCUACCGGAAGAAGAUUGGAUAA